GAGCAAUAGAGCUCACAACAAGUUGCUGCACACAGGAACAGAGGUGUAGGGGGUAGCUCGUUUAUUGCAGAGCGGGUUCUUGGGUGGUGGUGUUGUUGUGUGAGCUGCUGCUGCUGCUCCCGGUCAUCGUAUCGAUGGCGAUCCGGAACAUGACGGUGGCGACGCGGUCGCUGGACGCGGACAUGACGGUGGACGAGUUCAAGGAGUGGCUGCGGCGGUUCGACACGGACCGCGACGGUCGCAUCAGCCGCGAGGAGCUUCGGCGCGCCAUGCGCGCCAUCCGCGCGCGGUUCACGGGAUGGCGGAGCAGGCAGGGCAUCAGCUACGCCGACGCCGACGGCGACGGCUACAUCGACGACAGCGAGGUGGACGGCCUCAUCGAGUUCGCGCAGAAGAACCUCGGCCUCAAGAUCGUCGCCUACUGAUCAUGCAUCUCGCCGCCGGGGGGCGGAUCCCUUCGCCGGGCGCGCUUUGUCGGCAUGAGCUAGCGAAAUGACUCGCCAACCUUCUCCAGCAUCCCCCCGCUAAAAUAAGAACUGUUUGAUCGAUCGACCGCUUGUUGCUUAAAGCUUGCUUUCUUGUACGUACUCAAAUCAAUUCCUGCACUCUGUAUCUCUGUGUGUGUGAUCUAUAUGUAAGGUGUGCAUGGUGCCCAUGCGCCGAUGCGCGCCUGCCUCGGCUUGCCUGCUAGGUCGGGCCGUGCCAUGGGUGCUGCGGAUGUUAAUUUGCUCUAGUGAAAUUGACAGUGUAUCCUUGACCA